AUGUCAACUUUUGAGAAGGCAAAUAAUGCUGAGAGUGACGAAGAAUUAUUAGAAGAUAUUAGAGCGGAAGAUGAGAAUGAGGAAAAAAAUCAAGAGGAAGUUUCAGAAGAUGUCAUAAUUGAAUUAGAAGGGAAAAUGAAAAAUCAAAUUGUUAAAGACGAGAAAGAGGCUUAUAUUUUAUAUUGUGAAUAUGCACAUUCCAAAGGUUUUAGUGUACGGAAGGAUAAGCAAUAUUAUUUUCAAGGUAGCGAAGUGGUUAGAGAAAAACGUUUCGUAUGCUAUAGGCAUGGGGAAAAAGAUGAAAGGCUAAGAAAAUCCAGUAAGGUGUCUUGCAAUCAUAUUGACACGCGAUCAAAAUGUCCUGCAAUGAUAAUCUUUAAGCGUCGAAUUCCUAGUAGUCCUUUCACGGUGGAUAGAUUUAUUAAAGAGCAUAACCAUGAGAUGGCUUCACCGAAAAAGAGACAUUUGCUAAAAUCAGCUCGUUCUAUAACUAAAGCCAAAAAGCUAGUUAUUGAAAAUAUGGUUAAUGCUGGUAUAAAGCCAACUGCAACCUAUUCUUACCUGGCAGAAGAAGCUGGAGGGGCUGAUGUUUUAGGCUAUUCAAAGAAAGAUUGUUUUAAUUUUAUAAACCAGUUGAUGAAAUAUAAGGUGGAAGCUGGGGAUGCUCAAAGUGUUGUUAAUGAAUUUAAUAAUAGACAAGCGAGUGAAAGUCUCUUUUAUUGGGAUGUUCAGCUUGAUUCUGAAGGGCGUAUGGCUAACUUUUUCUGGAGAGAUGGUCGAUCUAGAAUUGACUAUGAGAUUUUUGGUGAUGUCGUUUCUUUUGAUACCACAUAUCGGACAAACAAGUAUCGUAUGAUUUGUGCACCAUUUAUUGGAAUAAAUCAUCACUGGCAGAAUAUAAUUUUUGGUUGUGCUUUUUUAUCUGAUGAGUCGGCAGAAUCUUUCAAAUGGUUAUUCUCUACAUUUUUAAAGUCAAUGGGAGGCAUUGCCCCGCAAACUAUUAUAACUGAUCAAGCUCAAGGAUUGGCAAUUGCUAUUAGGGAAGUGAUGUCUGGAACUAGACAUAGACUGUGUCAAUGGCACAUAUCCCAGAAUGCCCAUCUCAUUUGGGCUCACUUAAUAAUGAUAAAGGUUUUUCUAAACUUUUCAACAAGUGUAUGUCAGAAUGUGAUUCUAUUACUGAGUUUGAAGAAACCUGGGAGAUGA